CAAUACCCAAUUGUCCUUCUUUUUUGCAGGUAUAAUAAAAAAAUAAAUAAAUAAAUGAGAAUCGAAAAGUGAAAAUAUCAGAGAUUAAUUUGAGAAAGACAGAGCUAAAAGGAAAAAUUUACAAUUUUUUUUUAAAGGAGAACACAAGCGACAGUCCCAGAGGAUUAUUACAAAAAAAAUUUACAAAGAGAAAAAAAAUGUGUACAGUUUUGGGUGAAAAUUGAAUCACGUUAAAACAGUAAAAAUGUAUCAAGAAAAGUGAUUAAAAACCCACUGAAAAUCUUCGAAAAAAAAGAACGCAAAAAAUAAAGCACAUAGACUUAGAAAGGACUCUUUUUAGUAGGAUCAGAAAAAGGACGCUUAACUGAAAUCGUGUCUCCCAUAGAAAGUUUCAGAGAGAUUUUACAAGAGACAAGUGCUAGAGACUUGAGAGAAAGCAAAGAUAGAAAAAAAAAUCCUGAGAGAUUAACCAAAGACAAAGUGAAAAAACAAACAUAAGAAAAUUUUAAGUGUAAGAAAACAAUUUUGCAAGUUUUCAUUCUUUUCCAACGUGAAAGUGAGACAUUGUAAAAAAAAAACACAUAAACUUGAAUUUAUUUUGUAAGAAUAAAAAAGCACCUAAAUUGCAAAGUGAAACUGAAAAAAUAAUAAAAAGGGUGAUUUUGUGCAAAAGGGUAAUAAUUUUACGUUGUGCAAAAAGAAGCAGCAGUGACCAGUAAAUCCAGAGAUUGUGUUGGAGAGAAAGAUGAUGACUGAAAACCUUAGCAUGGCAAACAAUCAUCUGAAUAAUCACGGCCCCCAGAAGGGCACGUAUGGCAGUGAAAAGGCAGGUGACGACUUGGGGUGGAAGGCAAAAUUGAAAAUUCCACCAAAAGAUAAUCGAAUUAAAACGAGUGAUGUCACAGACACACGAGGAAAUGAAUUUGAGGAGUUUUGCCUUAAGCGCGAACUUUUGAUGGGGAUCUUCGAGAAAGGAUGGGAGAAGCCGUCACCCAUUCAGGAGGCCGCCAUACCUAUUGCUCUCGGUGGUAAGGAUAUAUUGGCACGUGCUAAAAACGGUACGGGCAAGACAGGAGCCUACUCGAUUCCGGUGCUGGAGCAAGUUGACACCACCAAGGAGUACAUUCAAGCAUUGAUUAUUGUGCCAACGCGUGAAUUGGCCCUCCAGACAUCGCAGAUUUGCAUUGAGCUGGCCAAGCACAUGGACAUUCGUGUUAUGGUCACGACUGGUGGUACCAAUUUAAAGGAUGAUAUUAUGCGAAUUUACCAGAAAGUACAAGUGAUUAUUGCAACGCCUGGUCGUAUACUGGAUCUAAUGGACAAAGAGGUGGCAAAUAUGGCACAUUGCAAGAUGUUAGUAUUAGAUGAGGCAGAUAAGCUGCUAUCGCAGGACUUUAAGGGCAUGCUGGAUCAUGUCAUAAUGAAAUUGCCGAAGGAACGUCAGAUAUUGCUAUUCUCUGCAACAUUCCCAGUCAGUGUGAUGAAUUUCAUGGAAAGACAUUUGCGUGAGCCAUAUGAGAUAAAUUUAAUGGAGGAGCUCACACUGAAGGGUGUUACGCAGUACUAUGCAUUUGUGCAGGAGCGCCAGAAGGUGCACUGCCUCAAUACGCUCUUUUCGAAAUUGCAAAUAAAUCAAUCCAUCAUCUUUUGCAAUUCAACACAGCGUGUUGAGUUGCUUGCAAAGAAGAUAACUGAAUUGGGUUAUUGCUGCUACUACAUCCAUGCAAAAAUGGCUCAGGCGCACCGCAAUCGUGUUUUUCAUGACUUUCGGCAGGGUCUAUGCAGGAAUUUGGUGUGCUCUGACCUCUUUACACGUGGUAUCGAUGUACAGGCUGUGAAUGUUGUUAUCAAUUUUGAUUUUCCCAAAAUGGCCGAGACCUAUCUCCACCGAAUCGGACGAUCUGGACGAUUUGGACAUUUAGGUAUUGCGAUCAAUCUCAUCACAUACGACGAUCGCUAUGAUCUGCAUCGCAUUGAGAAGGAGUUGGGAACGGAAAUAAAGCCAAUUCCCAAAACAAUUGAUCCAUCACUGUAUGUGGCGACCUCACUGAAUGAUCCAAAUAACAGUUUGAACAACGAUGAGGGCAAUGUGAGUAAGUGAACACUGAUUUAUCAUCCACCGUCUCCCCGGAAGCUCCACGAGGGCUCCACAAACACCUCAAAUAUCUGUCGUGUGGCAAAUUAUCUGGGUGGAUUAGCGUGAUAGUUUAUUUUCUUUACUAUACUUCUCUGAAGUUUUCUGGGGGGAAGGUAGAAGGAGUUUUUUUUUUUUUUAAUUUAUGCUUUGAUAGCCCAGAGCAAUUAAAAGAAGAAGAAAAAAAUAAUAAUGAAGAGGAGAAGGAAGAAAACUCAAGGAAUUUCAUUUGAAAAAAAAAGAAGAAGAAGAAAUAUUGCUUAAAAAGAUUUUGUUGAAAUUUAUUUGAAAAAAAAAACUAUAUUUUUUGCACUGAAUCAGUUUAAAACAACAACAAUUUAUUGAAUGGGGAACAAGAAAAAUCGUGAAAUUGAUUACAUUGCGGGAAAAUCAAAAGAUCAAGAAAACAACUAAUUUAUCAACGUAUUUUUUUUUGUAUUGAUUACAUUUUUUCUGUGUCGAGUGAUUUUUUUUUAAUUUAAAAAGUGAAUUAAUGUGGAAGGAGGGAUAAAAAUAAAGAAUUUUCAACUUGAGAGGAAUAUAGUGAAUUUUUGUAUAGAAGAAAAAUUAGAGGAAAAAAAAAAGAUAAAAAAGAAUUUUCAUUGAAUUUCAAAGCAUGUGGAAUGCAAAGGGGAAAAAUUGUAUUUAAUACAAAGAAAAAAGAGAAAAGCAAAACAAAAACAAAACAUCCCAAUCAUUGUAACUUUUCUUUUUUGAGAAAAAAAAAUUGUAAAAGUGUAUAAAAUUUCACUGAUUUUUCCUCUGUGGAAACCACCUAUUUUUUUUUUAUUAAAAAUUUAUUAUAAAUUAAAUAUUCGCAGAAUAAAACUUGAAAAAAUAAACAAACAUUUGAGACAUUUAUGCAAAUUUUAAACAAAGAAUCUGUUUGAAUUUUUUUUUUCGUUUCUUUUUUUUGUCAAAAAAUCUUAAGAAAAAAAAACAAAAGUAAUAUAAAAGGUCCAUCCAUCGAGAGGAAGAAAUGUGAAGGAUUUUGGUGACAAAAUCACAAAUCAAAUCAUAUUAAAUGAAGAAAAAAAAAUUUUAGUAAAAUUGUAUCAGAUCGAAAGAGAAGAUGGAGAAAUAGAAAGAGGAACGAAAAAAAAACUUAGUGAAUAUUAUUGAGAAAACAAAUUUAAAAAAAUAUUAGGAUGAAAGUCCCGUAAACAACACACACACAUGUAAAAUGAGAUGAAAAUAAAAAAUCUUUGUACAUUUUAAAAGAAAAGUAAAAGAAGAAAUUCACACACAGACUAUAAAUAAAUAAAGAAAAAAUAAUUAUAUAAGACUUGUAAAUAACAAAUAUACAAAAUUAAAUUUUAAGUGAAAAAAAAAAUAUAAAGUAGAAACUUGCGAGACAGGAAGAAAGAAAAGUCAGCAGAUGAAAGAGAAAACAUAUUCCUGCGAAAAUUUUCGCUAAGGGAAAUUGCUAACGGUAAUUAAGUGGUUAAAGCCGGUAAAGUUAAAAAAAAAAAAGAAGCUGGUAGGGAGGGGAAUGCAAAGAGAUUGAGGGAAAGUUUAUUAAAGAAAAUAUGAUUCAAAACUAAAGCUGGACAGGUUAACGGAACUGGACUGAAAUUGGUAAGGUUUAGAGGAAUCUUAGAAGAAGGAAACUUCUAAGAAAUUAAUAGAUGAUGUACUGAAUUUAGGGGGAAAUGGGUCUUUGUCAAUUUUUCUAAACGUUUGUGAAUUUUCAAGUGGUUAAGAGACUCCAAAAAUCUUGUCUUGGGACCUUAAAAAUUCUUGCGGAGAAUCCCUAAAAGUAAAACCCCAAAGUCUGAUCUUUAAUUUAUAUUCACAACAAAAUAUAAUAAUUUGAAAAACUAUUGAUUGAGUAAAACAUUCUCGGGAAUAGGAAGCACAUAGAAUGUUCUGGAGAGGUGCAAAAUAAAGUUGUCUUUAUUAGAAAAUUUUAAAUUAACUAAUAAUGAUGCAGAAAGUUUCAUUUGGGAAAUCCUUGAACUAUCCUUUCAUGAAAACCUUGAAAAUUGCUCAAAAGAAAUAUCUUUUUCACUUAAAAGGAACAAGGAAAACCUAAAGAUUUCUCUUUUAAAAAUAUUUAAUUUUUACAUAUUUGUCUGUUUCCGAGAAAUAGGAAAGCUAAGUAAAAUCAUUAACCAACAAGUUAAUGCUGAAAUGUGGCGAUAAAAAGUUUGAAAGUGAAUUCUUAAGGUCACAAAAUUUUUAUUAAAUGUCAAAAACUAAUUUAUUCUUUAAUGACAAAAAUAAUGAGAAUUUCCAGUCAAAGUCUUCACUAAAUCUUCUCUAAAUUAAUAUCAUGAGCAUAAAUAUUAAAAGAUUCUGGUUGAAUAAAUUCAAGAUCAGUUCUAGUAUUGACAGAUUAAUCAAGAAAAAGAAAAAAAAAACAGAAAUAAUUCGAGAUUUGAACUCGGGCUAAAAGUGAUAGUAAACUGAAGUGCUGACUACUAUGCCACGCGCAUAAAAGAAUAAAGAAGUUUCCAUUUCACAGAAUUUUAUUUUUAAAUUAUUUUCAAUAGAAA